AUGUCUACACCCUCGAAACACGAUCUCAAGCUGGCUGCCAGUCUAAACGAGGCCGAUGGGCUCGAGGCCCUCCUUAAAAAAGACAACUUCAAAACAUGGGGCUUCGUGAUCUACCGCUGCACAUACCAAGAUGAUACCGAGUGGGGGAAAUUCAUGACCCGCUUCCUAAGCGCAGCCCCAGAGUUCCUAGAGUACUACAGUGGUCUUGAUCUCCUCGAUACAUUCGCCCCAACAGUCUUCGAAGACCCCUCCUUCGAGGGUGCGACAGUAGUCAAUCUCCGCGAGCAUUUCAAUAAGUGGGCGAAGACAGACUUUGAUGAGGAGGUGGGGUUUGUUCGUAUGGUUCAUGCGGAAUGGGAGCCGCAGGAAUAUGACGAAGAGGAUAUUGCGAAUGGAGAUAUCGAUCCUCCUGAGGAACCGCUUGAGGCUUGUACGGAACAUGAUGUUGGCUGGAUGAGGAUGUAUUGGCGGAUUACGGAGUUGCCGGGUUUCGGGCGCUUGCGUGAUAUCGAUGAUUGGCAGUCGUAUUAUGUUCGGUCGCCUGAGAUUGCAGAUAUUCUGUGA